GCGGAUCCUGCUCAUCUUCGAACUCGACCGAGAUAUUGUCAAGACUAAGCUGUGUAGAAAAUUUCAUCGCAAUCUGACUCUUCUUUCGAAAGUUAUCGUGUAAACGGCCGGACGGACAUACAGACCGAUUUUAGUAGUGUACUCACUUUUUGAGUACACUGAAAAAGCUGUAAGUUUUAUUUACAUACAUUUAUCAUAUUUAAUCCUAAUAUUGCUUUUAAUCUAAUCUUCUUUAGCAACAACCGGAAGUACAGUAUAACUUCUCUAUAGUAAACAUUCUUCGAACUUUUUGAAAGUACUCAACAAAGACUUAUAUGAUGUUGUUCACUGCGGAAGGUGCGCAACUGUAUAACAAUGACUUAUAUUCGUACAAUGCAAUUUUUCAGUAUAAGAUGUUCAGUGAUAAACAAUUUUAUUGAAAAAAGAUUACAGAAAAUGAUUACUUUUCAAAACAUUAAAUUGUUUUUUUUUUCUUUCUUUUUUUUCUUAUCGAUUAUGAUAAUAAUCCGAACACGAUGUCUUUGAACUACGUAGUAAUUUUCUUGAAACUUUUAAUUUGCAUUUCAAAGUCUUCUUAUAAUCUUGAUUAUUUCAGAGAAGAUAUCCCCCUAGUAAGUUGAAUAUAUCCUUUCUAAUAUCAGAUAAAUCGAUUAUUUUAAUAUUCACAAUUGAAGAUUCUUCUACUAAAAUAUUCUUUGUCUUUUUUUUUUUUAGUUCAAAUGGGCUUUGUCUGAUGAUGGUAAGCCGUUUGUAUAUGAUAAAUAUAAUGAUUUAUUGAAAAUUUUUAGGUAGUGGCAAAGGUGCAGCAUUGGUUGCGUGUGUGGCUGAGCUGAAUUCUACAGAAGUGCUUGUUAAAAACGAUAAAGAAACAAUUGACUCUAAAAAUGAUGAAUGA